AUGACCACCCGUAAGAGAAAGCAGGAAGCCGAGGAGGAGGAGCUCGUCGCGCUUCCCAGCGACGAGAGUGAGGAGGAGGAAGAAUACGAGAGCUCCAACGUAGACGAGAGCGAAGACGAAAACGGUAGCGACGAAGAAGGCAGCGAAGAAGACGAGUUCGAAGAGGAAGAGGAAGAGGAAGAGGAGAAACCGGCAAAGGAGAAAGAACCACCCACCAAGAGACGCAAGACAGCCGCUGCAGCCGAAGCCGAAACCGAAGAGGUCAAGGACGAGGGCAAGAAAGACGUAAUCGAGAAGACCAACGGCAGCCGGAACGGCAACGGCGUCGCCAAGCAGAACGAGGACGAGGAGGAAGACGGCGAGGGUGAGUUAGAAGAAGAAGAGGAAGAGGAGGAGGAAGAAGAGGAGGAGCCCGAGGAGACGGCCAAGACCAGCGGUCCUGCUGCGGCGGCCGUCAAGGCAAAGGGGAACGUCGUUCCCAAGGAGCCGGAGGUUGAUGUCGGGGCGGAGGAGAAUGAAGAGUAA